GUUUGACAAGCCAGAGGACGGAUUGCCAGUCAUGGAGGACUGGAUGGCCACAUUUGAGUCCAUGUUGUUCAGUGGAAUUGACCUUGGACGUGAGCCACUGGACACAUCCAUGGAGGGUGGUCGAGGGUGGACGCGCAGCUCGGUGGUAGCGACAAUCCUCUUGGCUGCUUCCGAGCUUGACCUGACAGAUGCUGCGGCCCAAGAGCAGGUCAAACCACUGGUGAAGAUCCUCGAUCGUGCUUGGCUCUUGCCGUGCCAUAUGGCAUUCGGAAUGACUGCCUCGGAGCGAUCAUUCCGAAAUCUAACUCUCAGCUACCGCGGCUCGGAGAGGCAGCCGCCAAAUGUGCUGCAAUUGGCGUUGAGGUUCUCCCGAGUCAUGGAAUUGGAUGAGGGCAGUCACCCACCUGGCACCAGCACAGAAGAACGCCUGAUGGCGGUCGUGCAUCAGUUCCAUGACUCAGAGGGUCUGUCCCAGAGACACAGGAUGGACGAGGACAAGCUGCGAUCAGUAUAUAACCUGAUUGCAGGCAGCAGCAACGAAGCGCGGGAAGUGAUGCGCGCUCACCUGGACAGAUUCAAAUGGAAGGAGGCUGCCCUAAACACAGAGCAGCUGAGAUCAAAUCGGUGGAUGAUUGGGGCGUCCCCCAAGGCAAGCGCUUGUCCAGCGGAGUUGAGGCGGUGUUUAACCGUGACACCGCAAUCCCAAGUGAUGCACCUCAAGCUCAUCAUCAACAUCUUUGUUGAAGGUGGUCGCCGCUUGACGCCGUCAGCGCGCUCAAGGCUCCGCAUGUCCAGUGACGUCUUUGAUGCUCACGCAGACUACGCCUGCAUUUACUCAGCUCUCUUGGUAGAGGCCCGGCAGCUAGCUUCGUUCACGCCUGAAAAAGAGGCUCAGAUCAUGAAGGCCUUUUAUCAGCGGGAUUACAAGUCCGAUGUGGAAGCCAUUGUUGCAUCCAAAUUGGCCACUUGGAAGAUCCAACACUUUGGGCUGUGGGCUGAUGUCGUCGAGACUCCAACUGGCCCGCCGCCGUGUGUGGCAACCGCUGCUGAGUUGGUGGACUUAGAAGAUCAAGCACAAGCUGCGAGGUAUCGUGAGGUGAGGGCCAAGAUGGCCCAAGACUGUGCGGCCAUGACCUUGUACAACUCCCAAAUGGAGGAGAACAAGCGCAGGGCUCAUGUGGUGCACGUCAUGCACCAAAAGGGGCAGCAUGAAGUUGGCGCGGAGCUUUGUCAGACCUUCAUGACCAAGGGCUGCCGGGUCUCGCUGCUGAUGGAGAAAUGCUUUGCAGACCCGUGUGCUGACACCGUGUUCCGGAAUUUGGCUGCUGCCAAGAAGGUGUCCGUCUCAGACCUUGAGACAGUUAUUUGGAUUGAUUGCACGAAGAUGGGUGUGAUCAGCCAGUCAGAAGUGAACCUGAUUGGGGAUGUCUGCGACAAGAUGCUCUUCAAGAACCCAUCCCGAUCAGUCCUGGUGUUGAUCCCGCCCCUCUUAGUGGGCGCAGACUCUGGUGGCAGUCUUCGCAAAGACAUCAGGAGGCUCGAGGAUAAGCUCAUUGCCAACAAGAUCGAAUUGAGGCCAUUUACCCUGAAUCUGAGCCUUGAUGACCUCCACAAGAACCGUGAGUUGCCCAGCGCCUACAUUUGCUACCUGGGUGUGCCAGACUCUACGCUGCCUCUCAAGGGCACUGCCCACAGAAGCGUGCGCGGUGCGCCCGAGAUCGAGCAUCAGGUGAACUUGUUCUGCGGCAGCAUGCUGUGGCAAAGGCAGUCCCUGCCGACGCCCUUUCCUGGAGCAUUGUCGGAGAAAGAGUUCGUGGUGCCAGGUGAGUCGCUCCUCUCCAACGACACCAGGCGCAAUCUGACAGACUUGCAAGAGACAAGUCAGUGGAUCGGAGGAGGGCGGGUGCCAACUGCGAUUCUGACCGCGCUGUUCAGUGGAGUGAAGGCACCGCAGGGAGCUGUCAUUCUGCAUCCCACUGCCUACGAUGGUUGCUUGGAGUUGGCAGGGAUGAAGCUGGGCCAUGCGAUUCUGAGUUCCAGUCUCAUUGAAGCGAACUACAAGUGUACCAAUGAGAUUGUGAAGUCUCAUCUUCUGCAGGCAUGGAAAUCCAACCAAGCUCCAAUGGACAAGUACAUGCCCAGGUACAAGAAAGAUCCGUCCCCUGAGGAUCUUCCACAGGGCGCGUCAAAGCCUACGCUCAAGAUCUGCCAGGUGGCAGAGGACAGCAACAAGCUGAUCCUGCCAAAGGACAUCAGGCACCAAUUCCUCUCUUGCCCAAUAUGGGGGCAAGAGUGGCGCGAGGUAUUGACCAACUUUGACAAGUCCUGGGGUGCACCUUUGGCAGACACUCCAUCUCCAUCGAAACCAAGUCCGAUGAAGACAGAGACGCCGUCGCCAAUCAAGCAGGAGGGGGAUGCAGAGUAUGAUUGGAAGUCUGCCUUCCCGGGUGAACCAGACAUGUUUGAGAAGCUCAAGGAGAAGGUAUGGCGGCUUCGCAAGUAUGUCACUGAGAAAACGGUUGGAGCGGCGAAGCCGCUGUGGUACCUGCCGGGCGACCUUGGUAUGAUCCAAGGCGGUGUGCAGCGCGUGAUCUAG